AUGAAGGAGUUCAUCCUGACCGUGCAGAGCAAGGCAGCUGACAUACGGAGGCAGGCGCAGGAGGCACAGAGUGAGGGUGCUGCUGGUGCAAAGGCAGCGCCAGUGCUGAGCAAGCGGAGCAAGGCAGCUGACAUACGGAGGCAGGCGCAGGAGGCACAGAGUGAGGGUGCUGCUGGUGCAAAGGCAGCGCCAGUGCUGAGCAAGCGGAGCAAGGCAGCUGACAUACGGAGGCAGGCGCAGGAGGUACAGAGCGAGGCUGCUGACAUACGGAGGCAGGCGCAGGAGGCACAGAGCGAGGGUGCUGACAUACGGAGGCAGGCGCAGGAGGCACAGAGCGAGGGUGCUCCUGCUUCUGGUGGCACCAAGGCAGCGCCAGUGCUGAGCAAGCGGGUGGAGUUCAUGCUCGAGACCAUCACAGACAUCAAGAACAACCUAGCGCCCCAUGCCGUUGGUUGUGCUGCCCCUAUUUGUCAACCCUUACACGUGGAGUUCAUGCUCGAGACCAUCACGGACAUCAAGAACAACCGAGCGCCGCGCAACGCCGGUCGCAGGGGAGGAGGGGGAGGAGGGGGAGGAGGGGAGACCAUGCCUGUAGCAGAGGGUGCAAGUGGGGGAGGCAACCUCUCAUGCCAACCCUUUCUUCUCCUCACAGCCCCCAACAUCACAGGUGGAGUUCAUGCUCGAAACAAUCACGGACAUCAAGAACAACCGGGCGCCCCGUGCCACCCCUUGCACUGCCUGUUGCUGUCACUUCAACUCACCCCCUCUCUCCCCUCACCCCUCAUCCAUCCCCCAUCGCAGGUGGAGUUCAUGCUCGAGACAAUCACGGACAUUAAGAACAACCGAGCGCCUCGCAACGCCGGCCGCAGGGGGGGCAGUGGGACCAUGGGAGGAACAGGGGGAGCAGGGGGGACAGUGAUGGGGGGAGGGGGCGCGGCCGUAGGGGGAGGGGGAGGGGCUGCGGGGAAGGGGAAGGGGAAGGGGGCGGUGAGCGUAUUUACAAAGGGAGGGGGAGGAGCAGAGGCGAGUGACGGCAGCACUGCCGUUUCUCGUUUGCAAAAGUGGCUGCUCAAGCGUCCAGUCGAAACUGUUCAGCUACGAUCGCUGACGUGGCAGCGCCUGAUUGACCCGCACAAGCACGGCCAAUGGUGGCACACCUCCUCCUCCUCCCAACCCCUCGGCUCCCUACCGGCCACGUCAGCAGUACUGGGGGGCAGCAGCGUCAGCGCCAGCCUGGCGGUCCAGCUGGCGGGGAACGCGCUGCUGGACGCUGCUGACGUGGCGGAAGCUGAGAGGCUGAUGCAGCUGGCGGCGGCGCAGAGGAUGAACACGGACGCCAGGCGGGCGGUGUUCUGUGUGAUUAUGAGCGCAGAGGACUAUAUUGAUGCCUUUGAGAAACUGCUGAGGCUGGGUCUACCUGGCAAGCAGGACCGGGAAAUCUUGCGAGUACUGGUGGAGUGCUGUAUGCAGGAGCGCCAUUUCAACAAGUAUUAUUCCCUUCUAGCGGGGCGGCUGUGUGGGCACGCUCGGAGUCACAAGUUCAGUCUGCAGUACUGCCUGUGGGACCACUACCAACAGCUCCCUGACAUGGACCCCCGCCGCUCCCUCCACCUCGCUCAGUUCGCCGCCCAGAUCGUGGGCAACCACGCGCUGUCCCUCGCGCUGCUCAAG